AUGGAUCAAACACGAAAGUCAGAAUUCUCGUCGGCUGACGGAAAACCAUACCGCCCUCUCCAAGCUUUGUGUCUCGGUUUACCCCGGACUGGAACGACGUCUCUAGCUGUGGCACUGAGCAUCCUGGGCCUUCAAGAUGUCCACCAAGGCUCCACAAUGCCAUGGAAAGACUUUGGAUUCUUCGACCGCGCAGCCGAUGCAUCCUUCCCCAACCUCCCCACGUACAAUGGCAAAGGUGGCCUCAGUCGGCAAGAGUGGGAUGCACUGUAUGCGCCGUGCGAAGCUGUCAUUGAACCAGCAGGACUCUUUGCCGCACAGCUUCUUGACAUCUAUCCUGAAGCUAAGGUCAUCGUCACAAAGCGGCCGUACGAUGUUUGGGCAGCCAGCUUCGACCAGGCCAUCCUAAAACCAAUCUUUCCGGACUUUGUGCCAGUAGCUCUCCUGCAGCUUGUACAAUCCUUGCUGAGCUACAAAGUCUGGUCGGCUAUUUACAAGAUGAUUCUUGGCAAGUUUGGCGCACAAGAUUAUCAGGGCGUGAAAGCAAGGAUGUGGGAUGUUUAUUGUGAUCAUCACACUAUGCUAAGAGAGCGCGUGCCUGCGGAUCGACUCCUCGAGUUUGACGUGGCCGAAGGGUGGGAGCCUCUCUGCCGCUUCCUGGAUGUGCCUGUGCCGGACACGACGUUUCCGAAGGCGAACGAUCGACAGGAAAUGGAGAAACUCAAGCAACAGGAAGUCCGGCAGAACGCCAGGAUACUGUUGAGAAAGCUUAUGACUGGAGGAAUUCUGCUCAUCUCGGCCGGGGUGGCUGUUUGGAGCCCGUAUCUUGGAACUUAG